AUGGCUUCUUAUCCCCCUGCCGAUGUCACUGGUCAAACGAUCGGUCUUUUCCAGUACUGCCAGGUCAACGGCCAGCGGUUCAAGCGCAAACGUGGAACCGAGAAAUGGACGCCUGUCCAGCCUGAGUCCCAAGAAACAGGUUCCCAGCAGCAACCAUUUGUAUUGUCACUCGUCCUCCAACGCCAAGCUCCCGGGGAACCGAAACACUGGUCUCUUUUCGUGGCCCGCGAGAAUGAGCCAGGCAUGGUCUACCAGGUUAAAGGGGAUGCCCAAUGCAUGUCCUACCAGCCUUCGACUAAACCAAGACGCAUCGCGGACUCGGACUCUUUCCUCAACAUGUAUGAGCUGGCUACGUUGACGGAUGAAACCGCCGCGAUUGUUAAACAAGUGGCUGAGCAAGAGCCACCCCCUCGAGCGGAGACACGCCGUGAUGUUAAGGAAAAUUGUCAGGGUUGGACGGUUCGAGUACUUGAGAAACUUGUUGCACAUGGGAUCAUGCCUAGUUCUAAGCUCCAGAUGGCUAAGUUCAUGGUCGAAGCAGUCUAA